AUGGAUAAUAAAUGGCAAUAAAAGAAUCUUCAAAAAAUGCUGCAUAUGGAAAAGAAAAUGGAAAAGUAAUAUUAAAAGGACUCAUAAAUAAAAUUACAAUAAUGAGACAGAAUUAUAUGAAGUCUAAGGGACACAGAAUACAUGUGUUUGGAAUUAUUGUAUGGAGGCUUACGAUUUUAUGAAAAAGAAAGUUAUUCUAAUUAACAAAUAGAGAUAAUCUAUAAUGAAAGGAUUGUUGGAUGGAUUGGCACACAUGCAUUAAAAUGUAUUAAGAAUAGAGAUUUGAAACUCGCAAAUAUAUUAUUCAAAGAAUAAAAGUAAUCUCAAUUUUAUAACAGAGUGACAUAAAUUCUAUGGUGUUAGCUGAUUUUGGUUUGGCAACAUUUGUAAAUCUUCCAGUAAAUAAUACAAACAGGAAAAUAAAAUAUGAUAAUUUUUUUAAUGUGCAUUCCUAGGCUCAGCCAAGCCAUUCCUUAUUAGAAUUAUUUUUUAAAAUUAUAAUCACAUGGUUCUUUAUCCGAUUAUAUUCUUUAUCUCAUCAAUUCAUCAGAAUAAAGUCUGUUCAGUCAGAAAUUGACUUUAUCAAUCUAUUUCUUCUAUUUCUUAUUUAUGUUAUUGGAAUUUCUUUUCAAAAAACUUUGCUUCUACUAACAAUAAUGA